AUGGGCCUUGGUUUAGAAAAAUGCUGCUGUUUUAUCCCACUGCGGUUGGGUACCUUUUUCAUUGCUAUUUGGUUCUUUGCCAUCUAUUUGUUUUACACUGCAACUGGUUUUGUAGGCGUAAACUCUAUUGUAUUUUACUCAGGACAAGCAGCUAGACCUUGGUAUUACAUAAAUCUGCUAUUCGCUGUGUUCAUAUGUCUUGGUGGAUUUUGUGGCAUUAUCGGGUCAUUUUUUGCCUCCAGAAGAUUUUCAAAAGCAUUCAGUGUGAUUGUAUGGGUCAAUUGUAUCCUGUCAAUCAUUGUCUACGUUGCUUCACUUAUACUGAUCGCACUCAACAAGCAGCAUGUGAUCGAUUCAUGCUCUGUAGUUGGAUUUGUGGGCGUUGGAAAUGCUCAACAAGAUAUCACACCAACACAGCUAAACAACAACAAUGCCUACUAUUCACCAGUAAAAUAUCCAGGAUUACUGACAGAGCAUGCGGCAAGUAAGGAUGCAUGCUUCAGCAUGAUCAAUACUUUUACUAUCAUAUUUGGAGUCAUCGUGUUCAUCGUGCAGUUGAUUCAGAUCUAUUUUGCAUAUGUCGUUGGCGCCUAUGCUAAGCGUUUAUCAAAUGGUGCUAGACAUCACAGAUUGCAUGCUCAGCAGAUUAAAGAUUUUGAGGAAUCGCAAUACCACAUGUCGACUGUUUAUUAA